AUGACGAUCGAGACACAACGGCCACCCGCGAGGAGCGGUGCAAGUGGUGGCGGUAGUGGCAGUGGCAGUGGAAGUGGCCUGCUUGCCGGUCUGUGGGAGGAGGCGCCGUUCGCGAGACUGCCCUGGGACGCGCCAGCCGAGCUGCGCGAACUGGUCGACGAGGUCGAGAACCCGCGCCGUGUUUAUGCCGUCCACAAGGCCAGCCGCCGACACAACUUCCAGCUCCUGAUCCAGUUGUACAUUGUGCAGCUCCGUGAUGGCUGCGGCACGGCCACGUGUGGCAACGCGACCUGCCUCUCCUUUCGCAAACGACUCGCCGGCAAGGCCCCCCUCCGUCGAUACAACACAACGAGCGCACGCACGCUGGCGAUCCACCUUGCCAGCCAGGACAACCCGGAGGCUGGCCUCUGCCCAGCUCUGAAGCUGCCCCAGUCACCACCGGACGCGUUGAACUCGGUCAUCUUCACGCCAAAGCAUGCGCCCAUGCAUGGCCUUGCUACUGCAGGGAGCUUCAAGCCGAAUCCUAGCACACUCCGUUCCCGUGCAUCAAAUGACGAGGUCUCGAAGGGAUCCAAUGGCGUAAAGAGCGUACAUGGCGCAAAAAGGACUUCUUCCGAGGCAGACAAGGCAACGGGGAGAAAGACGGGCAAGACGCCAUCACCACCGCCAAUAGCACACCCUGCACCUCGACACGCCAACUCUGACAAAAACGAAGAGCAUGACAAGGACGAGCUGUACUUUACAAUCACGGAGAAGCCCGUGAGCAAGGACUACCGGAGUUUUGCCGCCAACAUGUUCGGCACAGUAGCCUUCAAAAUGCUGGAAUGGUUGACGCCUGCGAGUGUCGAAACCAUGACCGACGCAGCAGAUGUGCUGCAAGGCGGGCUUCAACCAAGUGCAAGAAAGGUGUCCAAGCCCUCUUCCGGCAAGGCUACACCGGACCAGCCCCUGGGCCAGUCUCCGGCACCGACCCGCGACGUAUCGUCAGGUGAGAUGGAAGGCAAAGACGGCAGCACGGCAACGACUGGACGUGUCGAACCGAGCGAUCGUGGCGGUGGCCCAGCGGAAACACAAAAGGACCAGCCGGUCGCAAGCAUUUCCCAGCGUGCACCCUCACCUCCAAAUGGUCACGCGAGCACCAACGGAAACGGCCAUGCGGUGCUGAAUGCCAGCGCCCGCAUGCGAGCCCCGACAUCCACACGCCAACAACAACGGAAACUGUCGGUGGACCCGUUUGCCGCCGACGCCGACGACAUCCCGCCGGUCCUCUCUCCCCUCUUGCCAGGCGUCCAGGGCGAUCUCAAUCCCAUAGCCCCCUCGGCAAGAUCGCUGAAGAGCACGGCGCCCACCAUUGCACGCCCCAUCUCGCAGCUGUCCAGCGCUGGCUUCUUUGACAGCGUCCCUUUGGAAAAGAUGCCGCCGCUCAACCUCAAAGGAUCGUUUGAGGCCUCGCAGAAGACGGCACGGACGCAGGCCGACAUUUUGACCCACAGCGGAAGCGACACCAGCCUUCCGCAGUCACGCUCGUCCUCCUCCCGCUCCCGCUCCUCGGACCGAUCUUCUUCCAACCAGUCCUCUGCUGCCAACGACGUCGAUGGUACGGGGGCCGACAGUACUGAAGACGCCGCUCUGGACAUGCUGCUCCCGCAAACCCUGACACGGCUGAACGCCGACGUCGUGGAGUUUGUGUGCGAUGUGCUGCAAGACGACUGCACCCGCGAGGUGCACAUGCUUGAGCCGCCUGUCGUCAAGCAGUUUCACAAACAGACCCGGGGCAGCCGCUCGCCUCCCCUCCGACGGAAGCCAAAGCCGCAGGGCAGGCAACAGGACGUCCAUCUCGCCGAGGAUUGGCGCCUGUUUGUCGAGCAGAGCCUGUUUUACGUCCUCAGCGACCCGAGGGCCCUCAUCUCCUCGUUUACAAAGCAGGGCCAGCUCUAUGAUACGCAUACCCUCUGGUACUGCAUGCUCCGCCUCACCCGUGUCGCGCCGAGCCUCGUCUUGCACAGCCUGUGGGUGGCCGCCAAGGCGCUGCUUGUACCCACCAAGACGCUCCUGGCACGACGGCUGCCCGAGGCACGUCUCGCGCCGCACAAGCAGCAGAGCUUGCUGACCGACGCGGAGGCGGGGAUGCUGAUGGCGAUCUGCCUGCAUGCUCUGGUUGCCGUUGCGCCUGUUGUCAAGAACGAGUCGCAGCUCUACGACAUGUCUCGCAUUCGCUCCCAAGGCCUGAGCCUCGCCGGCAGUGGCCUGGUCGUGCGACAGCCGGCGGAGCUCUGCCUCCAGUACGACGAUGCCUUCUCCAACGACCUUGCCCUGCGCUUGGCCCGGGUCUUGUUCUCGGCCAUCGCGGCACAGCGCACCUUUAACGGCAGCUCCGGCUCUGACGGCGCCCUUGCCGGCACCAUUGCCGGCCAAGGCCGCAGGGGCAGCCGGCCGGCCGAGGGCACAAUGGACAUUCUCGCGCCGCUGUUUUCGCAACUGGACUUUCUCAAUAUGGACGCGGCCUAUAUUCUCAAUUUCUCUUUCCCCGAUCGGACACUCCACGAAACGCGCGUGCCGACUCUGCUCCUUGACUGGGCUCGCGCCGUCAUGCUCAGCGAAUGGACCGGCUCGCCAGCCGUGCCCGGCGAUGGCCACUUUGGCGGCGCCCUCGCCCUCAUCGCGGCCCUCUACGAAAAGCGACAGGCUCUUUUGGUCGGCGACGUGCAGUUCCGGACGGAGUACUUUGCGGAGCGCCUCGACGAGAUGGAAAUGCCGGUCGCGUGGUUGUCGUUCACGUCCACGCGGAAGCGUCGCCACCUGCUCGACUUGCCGUUCAUCUUCAGCCCGACGUCGCUUGUCUCGUAUUUCCGGGCCAUCAACUUUUCGCGCAUGAACCGCUCGUUUGAGGAGUCGAGCUCCCUCCAGAGCCGGAUGAAUGCAAUUAUUUCGCCGGGGAGCUUGAUUAUCAAUCCGCACCACAAAAAGGUGCUGCAGGACCUACUCAAGAUGGCAUCGACAAAGUACCUUGUUCUCGACAUCAGCCGCAGCUCGAUCCUCUCCGACGCCUUUGACCAGCUGUGGCGCCGUGAACAGCGCGAGCUGCUGCGGCCGCUCAAGGUCCGCCUCGGCGAGAACAGCGGCGAAGAGGGCAUCGACUCCGGCGGCGUACAGUACGAAUUUUUCCGGCUGGCCCUGGCGGAGGCCCUGGAGCCCAACUACGGCGCAUUCACAGUCGACAGCCGCACACACAUGACCUGGUUCAACCCGACGACGCUGGAGGCCGACUGGAAAUUCGAGCUGAUUGGUCUGCUGGUGUCCCUCGCCUUGUUCAAUGGCAUAUCGCUGCCCGUGACCUUUCCCAAGGCGCUCUACCGCAAGCUGCUCGGCGAGCCCGUGGACGAGCUGCACCACAUUGCCGACGGCUGGCCCGACCUGGCCAGUGGCUUGACCGCGUUGCUGGAGUGGAACGAGCAGGAUGGUGCGGUGGAGGACGUCUUUGUUCGGACGUACGAGUUUUCCGUCGACCUGUUUGGCCAGCCCAUCUCCCGCGUCAUGGGGGACGACUGUGCGCCGUGGCCGAAGAUCCGGGAGAACGUCCUGCAUGACAUUGAGGCGCGGGCCACAGCACCAAUAGGCAUGUCCGAUACAGCUGCUGCUGCCACCCAUGUCGCUGCCGCUCGGUCCGAACCAGCAGAGGAUCCCUCCGCUCCCAACGCAUCGCCGCUGGCCGCUGGCAAUCCUGGCGACGACGCCCCCAUGGUGACGGGCGCGAACCGCAACGCCUACGUCACGGACUACAUCCGCUACCUGACGGACGUGUCGGUGCGCGCACAGUACGAGGCGUUCUCGCGCGGCUUCCGCAAGUGCCUGCACCCCAAGUCGCUGACGCUGCUGACACCGGCACUGCUGCAGUCGCUGCUGGAGGGCGAGCAGACCAUUGACAUGGACGAGCUGCGGCAGCACACGCGGUACGUGGGCUGGGACACGGGCCACGCGACGGUGAGCGACUUCUGGUCGAUUGUGUCGGCGUACGACGAGCCGAUGAAGCGCAAGCUGCUCGAGUUUGUGACGGCGAGCGACCGCAUGCCGGUGGGCGGCGCCAAGACGAUGCAGUUUGUGCUGCAGCGGAACGGCGAGGAGGAAGCCGUGGGGGGCCAUCUCCCGACGGCAUACACGUGCUACGGCACGCUGCUGCUGCCCGAGUAUCCCAAUCGCGAGGUGCUCCAAGAGCGGCUGGCGAUGGCGCUGGAGAAUGCCAAGGGAUUUGGAUUCUCGUAG